CCUGAAGAAGACAUCUUCUGAGAAAAACGGAACAACAGAAGGGCUAAAAAGGGAUAUAUCACUAACACUUUCAAUCUGACCACGCACUAGCUAAAAAUGACUGAUUUACCCAACUUCUUAAUUAGUUUGGUUUAGCAAUGGAAAAAAAUUUACCAUACCCCAAACAAAAUUUCCCGUCAUUCGCUGGGAGUGGCUACUGCGCCUUGGCCAUCUUUAGCCACGAGUCGCAUACCUUCACCACAGACGUCACCAAAUAGAUAUCCCUCUGCUCAUUUAGGUAUUGGAGUGUUUGUGCAAGUACCAACUCCAGUUCGUACACUAGGAAAUGACGAGGCCAAGUUACCUAAUUGUGGGAGAGAAGAAAUGGGGAGAUAUUUUGUCAUGGAUUGCAAUAUCAACGACGCUCGUUAUUGCAGUUGUGGAUGGUAGAGAGUGCAGUUUUCCGGCCAUAUUCAACUUAGGGGACUCCAAUUCAGACACGGGUGGCCUCACAGCAGCUUUUGGGCCUGCUCCGCCCCCCAAUGGAAUCACUUUUUUCCACUCCCCUGCCGGACGCUUCUCCGACGGUCGCCUCAUCAUUGAUUUCAUAGCUCAAAGCUUUGAUUUGCCUUAUCUGAGUGCUUACCUGGACUCUGUCGGCUCAAACUUCACUCACGGAGUGAAUUUCGCAACCGCCGGAUCCACUGUCAGACAUCAGAAUACCACGUUGUUUCAGAGUGGAUAUAGCCCCAUCUCCCUUGAUGUUCAGUCUGUGCAGCUCUCUGAUUUCAAAGCAAGAUCCAAACUGGCUCGCAAGCGAGGAAGCGUGUUUAGGGAAUUGUUGCCCAAGGAGGAGUACUUUUCUGAGGCUUUAUACACCUUUGACAUUGGCCAAAAUGAUAUCACUGCUGGCUACAAGCUAAAUAUGACCUCAGAGCAAGUGAAGGCAUAUGUACCUGAUGUUUUGACCCAGUUCUCCAAUGUCAUAAGGAAUGUGUAUGAGGAAGGUGGAAGGUCGUUUUGGAUCCACAACACAGGCCCACUCGGAUGCCUACCUUACAUGCUCGAUCGCUAUCCAAUGAGUUCAGAUCAAAUAGACAAAUCUGGAUGCGCCAAACCCUUCAACCAGGUUGCACAGUAUUUUAACCGCAAAUUGAAAGACACGGUUAUGCAGCUGAGGAAGCAGCUGCCCGAGGCAGCAAUCACCUAUGUUGACGUGUACAGAGUGAAGUACAGUCUCAUAAGCAAUGCCCAAAAAUACGGUUUCAAGGAUGGGGUGAUAGCAUGCUGUGGGCAGGGAGGGAAGUACAACUACAAUAACGCUGCAAGAUGUGGCGCCACCAAGGUCGAGAAUGGAAAGAAGGUGCUGAUCGCCAAGUCCUGCAAAGAUCCAAGUGUCAGAAUUAUUUGGGAUGGGAUCCAUUACACUGAAGCUGCCAAUUACUGGAUCUUCCAACAAAUUGCCAAUGGAUCCUUUUCAGAUCCACCCCUGCCUUUAAAUAUGGCUUGUGAAUUUUGAUCUUAUUAUUGUGUACUAAUCAUUACCAUGGACGUAGCUUUCAUGGGAUGAUAUGAUAUGUUAAAAGGAGAAACUUCGAUAAGAAUUGGCAAGUGCUGACAAACCGUACCAAAUUGUAACUUUUGUGGCCACAAGUGGCUCAUAAAUGAAGUUUAUUUUGCUUGCUUA